CCGCGCCCUCAGGGGCCCCCAGGUCUACGCGAGGCCAGCCGGGCUUGGAACCACAGCGGGCCAAAAAUGGGCUGCCAGCCACGCGUCCUGGAUGGACACUACUCUGAAAUGGACACUACCUCGGGGGAACUGUAAGCAGCUUUCAAAAGAUGGGCCCGCGGCAUCUGCGCAGCGAGACCACCCCAAAGGCAACCCAGGUUCCCUCCCACGCGGGCCGCCUGCGAGGACUGCCGCUGAGACUGCAUGGUGUGCAAGUUCUGUACCUUCAGCGCCAGAAGACCCCGACCUCCUGUGGUGGAUGAGGAAACUGAGGCUUGGAGAUGCCCCCCCCACGUCUCUGGACAGACAAGCAGAGCCCGAGGCUACAUGGCAUCGCAAGGGCUCCUGAAAAACCAGAACAAUCUUGAAAGGGAAGAAUAAUGUUGGAGAAUGAUACUUCCAGAAACUUCUACAAAGCGACACAGCCCUAACACGUGUUACUGCCUUAGGACAGACAGAGCCCAACACAGCACUGAGCGUAACGGUGUUGAGGGCGUGCCGUGUGCUGACGCAGACCUACCCUGGAUGUCAGACUGACAGAUGAGGAGACCGAGGCUCUGACGUGUGGAGAAGAGGGUCGGCGCCAGGUACCAUCCCCCCCACAACAAGAAGCCAGGCCCACUCUCCUGCUCUCACCUGCCAUCAGCCCCAGUUCUGAGCUGCUGGGGUGGGGUGGGCGUGGGGGCAUUUGUGCCUCACCUGGCUGGCCUCAGCGGGGCAGCAUCCACGGGGCCAGAGAGCAAGGGGAGCCCAGACUGUCUCUACCCCAGUGCUCUACCCCAGACUGUCAUGAACCCGCUUGCCUCUCAUCUCCAGCGGGGCUGCUCCCGGCCUGCUGCAUGCUAUUCUGUUGUCACGGGCAGGAAGGCGGGCCGGGCCCGGAGCAUCCAGGCUGCGUCUCCCUCUCCUGGUCCUCCUGGUCUUAUCCUUCUGCAGGAGUCAGAGGGUACAUGUUCAUCUCUGUGUGUUGCGUCUACACAGCCCUCCGGGGAGCACAGGGUGGAGGUGCUGGGGUGUGUCUUGCGUUCAGGCUCCAGGCUCACAGUUCCCCUCCCCUCCUGGUCCAGCUGGGCCAAGUCCCCUCCUUUCCUUUCUUGACUGCUGCCCUGUCCCUUCUAUGAUUGGCCCAAGAGAGGGGUGUGGGCUGGCAGGUGCCCUGUGUGAACCCUGGGAGCAGCAUCCAGGCCUGGCUGGCCCACCCCAGGGCCCUGUCCACUGUCCCCGGCCAAGCCCUCCUGCCUGGCUGAGGCAGGCCCUCUGUGAUGCUGCUGUUGCUGUGGCGAUGCUAGAUGAAAAGGCCACAAAAUUCUGCCUCUGGAACCUUCACCCGUCUGCCCAGCUCUGCUCUGCUCGCCCUCAGAGAUGGCUCUCUGCUGGGGGGCUCGAGAGCACAGGCCCGGCUGCAGUCACAGUCUUGUCUAUGCGCCCCCCAACGCCUGGACCUCCCUCCAACCCCAACAGAGACAACUACCCUAACUGGCCCCAAGCCCGCCUGCUGCAGCCCAGCGCCCGGCCAUGACCGUCACCUAUUCAAGCAAAGUGGCUAAUGCCCGCCUCUGCUCCUUCUCCCGCCUGCUGCUGUGCUGGCGAGGCAGCAUCUACAAGCUGCUCUAUGGGGAGUUCCUCAUCUUCCUGGCCGGUUACUACACCAUCCGUUUCAUUUAUAGGAACAUCCUUACAGAGAACCAGCAGGUGAUAUUUGAGAAGCUGAGUCUGUACUGCAACGGUUACAUCCAGCUCAUCCCCAUUUCCUUCGUGCUGGGUUUCUAUGUGACGCUGGUGGUGACGCGCUGGUGGAACCAGUACGAGAACAUGCCGUGGCCCGACCACCUCAUGAACCUGGUGUCGGGCAUCGUGGAGGGCAAGGACGAGCAAGGCAGGCUGCUGCGGCGCACGCUCAUGCGCUACGCCAACCUGGGCAGCGUUCUCAUCCUGCGCAGCGUCAGCACCGCGGUCUACAAGCGCUUUCCCAGCUCCCAGCACCUGGUGAUGGCAGGCUUUAUGACCCACGCUGAGUGCAAGCACUUGGAAAAGUUCAGCUUGCCACACAACAUGUUCUGGGUGCCCUGGGUGUGGUUUGUCAACCUGUCGGUGAAGGCCUGGCUUGCAGGUCGAAUCCGGGACCCCAACCUGCUCCAGUGCCUGCUAAAUGAGAUGAACACCUUGCGCGCUCAGUGCGGACACCUGUAUGCCUACGACUGGAUCAGCAUCCCGCUGGUGUACACACAGGUGGUGACCGUGGCCGUGUACAGCUUCUUCCUGGCCUGCCUGGUGGGCCGGCAGUUCUUGAAUCCAGAGAAGAACUACCCCGGCCACGAGAUGGACCUCUUCAUCCCUCUCUUCACGUUCCUGCAGUUCUUCUUCUAUGCCGGCUGGCUGAAGGUGGCGGAGCAGCUCAUCAACCCCUUUGGAGAGGAUGACGAUGACUUUGAGACCAACUGGAUCAUUGACAGGAGCUUGCAGGUGUCUCUCUUGGCUGUGGAUGAGAUGCACCAGGACCUGCCCCCCAUGGAGCGGGAUAUAUACUGGAAUGAGCUGGAACCACACCCCCCCUACACAGCUGCUUCCGCCCAGUCUCGAAGACCCUCCUUUUUUGGCUCCACUUUCAAUAUCAGUAUGCACAAGAGAGACAUGGAGUAUCAGCCAGAACAGGAGAACCCUCACACCAGCAUCGUUGGCCGCUUCCUGGGGUUGCACCACCACAACUACCACUCCUCCAAAUACCACCCCCCCAGGACAAACUCCAAGACCACACUCCUUGGGCUCAAGAAAGGAGUCCUCCAUGAGGGCCAGCACUCCCACCCCCCAAAGGCUGGACAGAGUGCUCGGGGCCAGGGCAACAGCCAGGCUUGGAAGGUGAAGGGACAGGAUGACUUCCAGUCUCCUAUGCUGUGGAACCCAGGACUGUAUUCCCAUGAAGAGAAAACUGUGGAGUUUAACUUGACCGACACGUCAGAGGCACCUGAAGUUCAUGCCAGAGAUCCACAUUCGGAACAGGCUCCAAGCAACACACACACUGUACGCGAAGGGCCUGGAGAGCCCCCUUGGACCGUGCAAACCAGAGAUGAUACAGAGUCCUAGCCUGUCAGGCAGGGGGACACUUCACCACCCAGCUCUUCCUGCACCAUGGACACCAGCGGGAUGCUGUGAGUCAUGACCUAGAGCUGUGUCCACUGAAGACUGACAGCAUGAAUGAAAUGGUCAGCUGAAUGGACGUCAGUACUUACAGGACUACUGAAGUCCUUAAAACGCCUGUUGUACAUAGAAACUGUGAAACCAGCAAGGAGUCACCGAGACAUGCUCAGAACCCCUAAACCAGAUUCGGAUGUCCGUCAGGCCUUGGUAUCUUCUCCAAACUAAGGAAUUUAUUAAUAAAUAUGGACCAUCCUCGGUUUUUCA